UUCACUCGUCGCUUCCCUUCUCCCCUUUCCCCAACCCCACGCAACCUCCCCACCACCACCACCGCCGCCGCUUCUCCUCCUCCUCCUCCUUCAUCAAAGCACGCAGAGAUGCAACCUCCGCCGUCUUCCAGGGAGAUUCAGGGCGGCCUGAGCUCCCUCCUCGGCCUCCACGCCGCCGCCGCCGGCGACGACUUCUUCGACCAGGUGAUGCUCUCCUCCGCCCUCCCCGCGUGGCCCGACCUCGCCCCCGCGAAUGCGGGCGGGCCCAUCGAGCUGCCCGCCGAUGCUGCGGCGAGGCUCCACCAGAUCGGCAAUGGCGGCUCCAAGGCGGCGAUGAUGAUGCUGCAGCAGCAGCAGCACCAGAUGCUGCUGAUGCCCCACGACGUCGCCGACGGUUCGGGACGAGGAGGAGGAGGACACGGCGGCGGCGGCGGCGCCGCCGUACACUCACUGUACGAUGGAUUCGCCGGGUCGCUGCACGCGUCGGGUCAGGCUCCGAACCCGACCCACCUCUUCCACCCUCCUCAGCAGGGAGGCGGCGCGAUACAGGCCGCGCCGAAUUUCGCGGCCCAGGCGGCGGCGAGCGCGUCGACGGGCGGGGGCGGGGCCCCGGCCGCCCAGCCGAAGCAGCAGAGGGUGAGGGCGAGGAGAGGCCAAGCCACCGAUCCCCACAGUAUUGCCGAAAGACUACGCAGGGAGCGAAUCGCAGAGAGAAUGAAAGCGCUGCAGGAGCUGGUCCCCGACGCCAACAAGACGGACAAGGCGUCGAUGCUGGAUGAGAUCAUAGACUAUGUGAAGUUCCUGCAGCUCCAAGUCAAGGUGCUGAGCGUGAGUCGGCUGGGCGGAGCGGCCGGCGGGGUGGCUCCUCUCGUGGCUGCCAUGUCCUCCGAGGGAGGAGGUGGUGACUGCAUCCAAGCGGGGCGGAACGGCAGCAACGGCGGCCAUCAGGCGGCGUCGUCGUCGACCGGCGACGGCCUGAUGGUGGCGGAGAACCAGGUGGCCAAGCUCAUGGAGGAGGACAUGGGGUCGGCCAUGCAGUACCUGCAGGGCAAGGGGCUCUGCCUCAUGCCCAUAUCGCUCGCCACCACGAUAUCCUCCGCCACGUCCCACCGGCCGAGGAGCGCCCCGGCCCGCCCCCGCAACCCGGCCGCCCUCGGGCCCGGCGGCGAGGGGCCCCCCGCCUCCCCCAGCGUGUCGGUCCUGACCGUCCAGUCGGUGGCCCUCGGCAACGGCCUCGACGGCGGGUCCGGCAAGGACGCCGCCUCCGUCUCCAAGCCGUGAUGACCCGGGCCGGGCACGGAAACACGGGGCCGGAAAGGCGGGCCUAACGCCGUGGAAUCGACGGACGUCCUUGAGUCAUGAACCUGAAAGUGCCAAAUACGACAUCGCGGUAGCGACGUUUUUGGGGAGGGGAAAGCUAACUUUAACAGAAAGUGCCGGCUACUACUACAAGCUACGGACAAGAAAGGAAGACGAGAUCGAACCAAAUUCAGCGAACCUACUUUUGUUUGAGGUUCUGGACAUUAAUAUUAUUCUAGUACGAC